AUGGCCUGGGUGGGACCCUAUCUAUUGCUAUUUGCUGCUCUUUUGAUGGAAUUUGUUCCACAGACAUCUAAAAGGAUCAAUAAGGAUGUAUCUGUAUCUUCUGAAGAAAUGGGUAUUCGGGUUCGCUUCUCGACCAUGGGAAGGAAUAUCGGUCCUUCAAUUUCUUUGUUCUUAUCCAACCUUUUCUUCUCCCAUCAAAAUUGUCUAGAAGCCCUAAAACCACCCCACCCCACCGAUCGAUUUUGCUCCUCUCGGAUAACGUUCAUCGCCACAGCCAUCCAAUCCACCGCCUCAUCUUAUUCUUCCUCAACCCUCUGUGAGUGUGUCCUCUUCACCACCGAUGAUGCUUCCGGUUCAAGCCUUAUAAGGUCAUUCGUUGCUUUGUUGCUGUUCAAUUGUCCACCGCUUUCGCCACAGUGUCACCACCAUCGACGAACGGCCACCCCUACUACCCUAAACUAUGCCGACCAACACUAUCGCCCCUCUCCUCCUCCACUUUGUCUCUGUGUCGCCUUGGGAUGCGGUAAGGUCGGUACCCCCAUCACCACUGUCACAUUUGGUGCCCUUCAGGUUACAUUUCAAAUGACUUUUGGAAGUCUUCUUCAACUAUUUUGGGGGAGAUCUAUUGUGAUGAUUGGGGUUAGGGGAAAUCCGAAGCUACGAGACAGGGAGGACCUCCGCCAACAAUUUCAAUUUCAUAUAAAAUUGGUUUUUAUAGUCCAUUUGUCAAAGUGCCUAAGACACCUGAAUAUUUACGGAUAA